GGACACACCUGAAGCUCCGGAAGCGCCGCAGUUUUCCUCGGAAUCCUUUAAUAAACAUCGAGCGACACAUUUCACCCAAAACUCUGGAUUAAACUGACGAUUUUACUUCUUCAAAUGAGGAAUAACAGACGUUUUGAGGAGAGGAGCACCCGCAUUUCUGCUUAACAGGGAUUUUACUGGAAGUUUUGUUCAGUGGAGAAUGACUCGUGUUCGGCUCUGGUUCUUCUGGACUGCCGUGGUUCACAUCGUCCCUCUUCUCGUGGGUCCAUCAGCGGGUCAGAAUGAAGAUGGGAAAGGGUGUCUGGAUAAAUUCAGCCGUGGAAAAGCAGAUUUUGUGUUAAACACAGAUGAAUCUGUGAAGGAAGGGGCCACAUUUCUGGGUUCUCCGAAGGUGUCGCGGGCUGAAGACUGUGUUCUGGCCUGCUGUAAAGAUCCGAACUGUAAUCUGGCCCUGAUGGAGGAUGGAGAGGAACCCAAAACCAUCAACUCCUGCUUCAUCUUCAACUGUCUCUACAAACAGAAGAAAGUGUGUCAUUUUGUCAGGAAGAAGGGCUUUAACAACUACUUGUUGACCUCUGUGUUUAAAGAUUACCUUGAGCAACAGGUUUCAGAUGAGGAGGACAAACCACCGGUCGCAGUGGCUGGUCAAGACAGAGUCGUUCAACCUCAUGACGAUGUCACUCUUAACGGCAUCGAGAGCACAGACGAUAAAAAGAUUGUAAAAUAUGAGUGGGAUCUGGUGUCCGGGGAUCUGCCAGUUGUCAUGUCGAAAACUUAUUUUGAGGAUGCAGUGAUGAUCUCCAAUCUUUCUCCUGGGAUGUAUAAGUUCAGACUCACUGUCACAGAUGAUGGAGGACAGACAGGCUCGGCCGAAGUUUCAGUGUUAGUUCUGACUCCAGAACAGUCACUCCAUCACUGUCUGGUGCCGAAGAAAGAGGGUCCGUGUCGAGGGUCUUUCAUGCGCUGGCAUUACAAUGCCAUCACUGAGAAAUGUGAGGAAUUCAAAUUUGGAGGCUGCAGACCAAACCUCAAUAACUAUCUGACGCUCAACGAGUGCCAAAACGCUUGUGACAAAGUUUCAGUUAUAAACCCAAACCCAUCUGAAAGUUUUGGUCCAAUCCACGAUCACGGUGAACAGUGUGAUGAGGCGUGUGGUCCAGAUCAGUUCCAGUGUUCUAAUAAGUGCUGCAUCGAAAAAGCACUUGAAUGUGAUGGAGUAGCGCAGUGUAGUGAUGGUUCGGACGAGGAAGCAGAGUGCUCCAACUUGAAGAAGAAGUUCGGGCGAUUAAUUGAUCUUCCACUAGACACAUCUAAAGCUCAUUGUGUGGAGCAGCCAAUAACGGGUCCCUGUCGGGACAGUUUCACGAACUGGUACUAUAAUCCGUAUGAACGCCGCUGUCUUCGCUUUAACUUUGGAGGUUGUGGCGGCAAUGAAAACCGCUUUAAAACGGAGGAGCAGUGUAUGGCGUCAUGCGGUUCAGUGAAGGACACUGAUGUGUUUGCCAGAAAAGCACAGUUUGACAAGCAAGAGAGCAAGAAUCAUACAGCUGCCAUCGCCAUCACCAUACUGCUGGGUGUCGCCAUAGCCAGCCUGCUUGUUGUUAUCGCAUGUUGCCUAAUGAAGGGCAAGAAAAAACAUCAAAGCAAACAUCAGCUCAUUGCAUUUAACAACGCUCACACCUACGAGAACGAGAAACUGGUCUACAACAGCACCACUAAGCCCAUCUGAACGAGCGCCGCACGUUAUUAGGGCGCAAAACCGUACCAUAGCUUUUGAUGUGAAAUAUGAAUUCGUAUAUGCUUUAAUUUAAAUGUAUUUCUUCACUUGGUUGGAUUAUGUUUGUUUUGAGUAGACAGGCUGGUAACUGUACAGCAUGGUAGCUGGAUUGUUUCUUCUACGUUUGAAAGCCACACUUCUCAGAGAACUAUGCAACUGAUGGCUUUUCUUUGAUCGAGUUUAUAUAUUGGCUAAUUUGGCUUGUUCUCAGGGGUAAAUAUUUGAUUAAAAUCCAAAUCAUGACCACACAAAGUUAAGUCAAGAUUCAAGUCAUUUACUUGUACUUCAGAAUACACCUGUUUGAAGGUUAUGGAUGGUUUUCUUUUUAACUAGCUCGAUUAUCAGUAACUAUGAAAUUCUGCCUGUCAACAUUUACGCUUAAACACAUGAUAACAUUGGAUAACUGCUUAGAGAUAAGUUACAUAUUUUAGAAAUCUUUAUUUUUGAUGUUUAUAAACUCCUUUUGUACUUGUGAUCUUUUUAAAUGUUCUGCCUUUUUAGGAAACUGGUGUUAUGGCAUAUAUGACAGAAUUGUGAUGAAAAUACAUAUACAUACAUAUAUAUUAUACCCCCCCCACAAUGCAAAGUUGUACAUAGUUGUUUUUUAUGUCUUUUAUGAUUUCUUAGAGCCACUAAUCUUUGAGAGACUCAAUAAAGCUGAAGUGUACAGAC